UUUGCUCUUUGCUUCCAUUGGCACUAGGUUUUCGAUCCCUUUGUGCUGCCUAAAUGUUCCGUCGGUCCCAUCAGCACAUAGAAAAACCCACCAUCCUCACCCUAUAAAGAACACUCUUUGAGCAAGAUAUUUCUCAUCAAGCAGUAUAUACGAAAACAUGAAGAUCAUUCCAUUCUUUCUCUGUUUUCUCUUCUUCUCCACCCUCCUCUCUCUUUCUCUUUCGGAACUCUGCAACCCUUAUGACAAAAAAGUUCUCCUCAAGAUCAAACAAUCGUUGAACAACCCUUACCUCUUGGCCUCGUGGAACCCGCAAACAGAUUGCUGUAACUGGUAUUGCGUUGAAUGUGACCUUAAAACCAACCGCAUCACCUCACUCACCAUGUUCUCUGAUAAAGAACUCUCUGGCCAAAUACCUGCUGAAGUUGGCGACCUCCCAUUUCUCGAAACCCUGGAAUUCAGAAAAUUGCCUAACCUCACCGGUCCUAUUCAGCCCUCCAUUGCCAAACUCAAGAACCUCAAGUUUCUACGUUUGAGCUGGACAAACCUCUCUGGUUCAGUACCAGACUUUCUUAGCCAGCUUAAGAACUUGACUUUCUUGGACCUUUCGUUUAACAACCUUUCAGGUUCUAUUCCAAGCUCCCUUUCCUGGCUUCCAAAUCUUGGUGCCUUACACUUGGAUAGAAACAAGCUUAUAGGGCCAAUACCAUAUUCUUUUGGUGUGUUUCAUGGCAACGUACCAUCACUCUACUUGUCUCAUAAUCGACUUUCUGGCAAAAUACCUGCCUCUUUAGGCAACAUGGACUUCAAUGCCAUUGACUUGUCUCGAAACAUGCUUGAAGGUGAUGCUUCAAUGCUGUUUGGAUUGAACAAAACGACUUGGGAAGUAGACCUUUCGAGGAAUAGGCUGCAGUUUGAUCUUUCAAAGGUGGAGUUUCCCAAGAGUUUGGCAAGGCUGGAUUUGAAUCAUAACGAGAUUAGAGGAAGUAUUCCUGUGGGGUUGACUGCAGUGGACGAUUUGCAGUUUCUGAAUUUGAGUUAUAAUAGGCUGUGCGGGAAGAUCCCGGUAGGAGGGAAGUUGCAGAGCUUCGAUUACUCUGCAUAUUUUCACAACCGGUGCUUGUGUGGUGCUCCGCUUCAAGGCUGCAAAUGACUUUGUUUUGAGUGGGAAUAUUUACAUUACUAUAAGAUGCAUUUGCCAGGGUAGAGAGCAAGUAUAGUGCGAGUAGAAUUAGCACAUUUUGUGGCAAACUGCUAAACGUACAUACAAUUCUAAUGUUUUAUAUAGUUUGUGUAUUUAAGUUUUUUGGGUGUGUGGCUUGUUUUGGAUAAGAGAUUGAACCGUUGACGAA